AAGAUUGUACUACAGUAGUACCGCCGCCAACAGUAGACGCGUCUCCCGCUCAGUCUGUCGCUAUUCAACAUCCUCUGGUUAAUGGAUUAUACGGUUUCCCUCCAAGUGCAACAUCAGCUGGCUGUGUUCCCGACACACUUCUAUCAGGGCUACAGUGUGGAGUUACAGAUGAAGUCAACAGAGGUGGACCAAGGGCUUUUCACAGACAGCUACUGCAAAGUGUGCAGCGCUCAGCUCAUCUCCGAGUCCCAGAGGGUUGCCCAUUAUGAGAGUCGGAAACAUGCCAACAAAGUGCGGCUGUAUUACAUGCUACAUCCUGUGGAUGGAGGCUGCCCUGCCAAGAAGCUCAGAACAGACAAUAAGCAGUGUGCCGACACUGCAGAACAGCGGUCGGAGGCAUCCCCCAGUCCUGUAAAGAGCUCCCCAGAAACGUCUCCCAUGACCUCCCCGCGACAGCGCAGAGACUCGGACCGUUACUGCCAGCUAUGCAACGCCUGGUUCAACAACCCAGGCAUGGCUCAGCAACAUUAUGAUGGCAAAAAGCACAAGAAGAACGCUGCCAGAGCGGACCUGCUGGAGCAGCUGGGAAAGACCCUGGACAUGGGAGAGAUGAAAGGUCUGAAACGGAGCUACACCUGUGAAGUCUGCAGCGUCACACUGAACUCUGUGGCACAGUACCAUGCACAUCUGCAGGGCUCAAAGCACCAAAACAAAUGCCUGUGCCGCCUUGUUGGAGCCAGUGGGUUUCCAUGCAGAUCCUAUCAUACUGUCGCACACACAUAGCCACCCCUCACGCUGAGCAGGGCAGAGCUCUCACAGGAGAUUCAGAC